CAAUCAACUAACAAUCAAUUAAAAUCGACACUUAGCACGGUUUGCACAGGUUGGUCAGCUUCAGUCGCUUCAGUCGCUACGCCAACGGCGACUUAAAACCACCAAUUAUGGCAUGGUUACGGGGUUUGCUUAUAUUAAUAGCAGUUGCUUCGGUCUUCACCUUGGAUGCAAAUCCGGGGAUCGAAUUCAACUAUCAAAACCUGAAAGAUGACAUUUACGAACAACCUGUUAAUCUGAUGGGACCACCGACGAUUAAUGAAAAGGAAGACGACUUGGUCCAGACCCAGCCCAAGAUGGACACCUGGGCGCCCUACGACUUCUCCAAGUUCGAUGCUUACCUCAACACAUAUAAGGAUUCGGCGGCAGAACAAAACAGAAUCAAGCGAAGUCCUAAGAACAACAGACGUCGAGGCCGAAGCGGUCGUCGGAGGAACAGGCGACCCACCACGUCGCCAGCUUUAUCUGAUGAUGAGGACAAAGCAAGAAAUGGGAGCUCCACGGAACCGAGCAGACGCAGUGAGUGGGGCGACUUGCCCACGCGACGGAAGAAGAAAAAGUCUUCUAGUGGAUUCGACAUGUAUAACCCCGAGGAAAAGGAAUUCGAGUCAAAGUUUGUUGAAAUGCCAAAGGAUCUUUACCAAGCGCAUUUGAGACCCGGUGUCAUAUUCCGAAUACACAUGUCCGAAGCCAUCCUCAAGAUGCAAUACCGAAACUACGGUGAAGACAAAGACGAAUCAGUAAUCGAAGCUGAUGUGGAGUACCUCCGGCUGACACGGAAGGUCAUAAAUGAUGAGAUCACCAAGUUUGAAGACCUCAAAUGGUUAAUAGGCUGGUUCAAUAACCGCUCGGACCUGAUCAAGGAGCACACGUGUAAUACCAGAUAUUAUGCUGUUGGCAUACCGUCCACGAUGUUCACACACACUGAGGAAUACAUGAAGCGAGCGUGUCUCUUCGAUAACGUGUAUAUCGACCACAUUCCUUAUGUCAUCGGCGAGGACAGCUCCCUGAUGGCUGCGGUCGCGCCCCCGGUGCUCCACUGCGACGCCGCCACCUGCACUUCCGUGCCGUUCAUCGACAGCGUGAUGUUCGAUGAGCGUCUGUCCAGAAGCAAUGUGCGGUCGAUCACGCCGUGCCAGGCGUCGUGCCGCGCGCACUGCCGCAAUCGCGUCGACUGUCUCCAGCGGUGCUCGGAGCGCUGUCGGCGACUCGACUGAUAUUACCCCUGCACUAUCAACUCAUACAGCCGUCGUAAGAACAUUGAACAGACUAAUGCAACAACGGUAUAUGGAAAGAAGAAUUAACUGGCUUUUUUUGAAAAUUUGUCGUAUACAUUUAUAUAUAUGACCCGGUCGGGUCAUGAUGGAAAAUGAUCUUUUUCUGAUUGGCCCGGGUCUUGGAUGUUUAUCUAUAUAUGUAUUUGUUAUAAAAUAUAGUAUCGUUGAGUUAGUAUCCCAUAACACAAGUCUCGAACUUACUAUGGGGCUAGCUCAAUCUGUGUUAUUUGUCCUAAUAUAUUUAUAUUUAUUUAUUAUUAUACAUUAUUAGAAGAAAAAAAUGAAAAUUCGAAAAAAAAUAUCAUGCAGUCUUUAGAAUGAUUGCAGUACAGUCAGGACCAGAUAAAAUUGACUGCCUGUGGUAGUAAUUUAAAUGUCAAAAUCACGGACCACUCUGGUCGGGUGGUCACUUACUAAAGUUGUAGUUGGUGAAGUUUAUUCCUCCCUGACUGUACGUACCUAUUCAGUGCGCGGUUUGCAUGGAUUUUUGUUUUCUAAUGACGGCAUAUGUCUGUGGGGUAAAGGCUAAUUUACCUUGAGGUUCAUAAUAAAAACUUUGAAAAUUUA